CUCUGCACAACCCAAGCAGACCAACUUUGGGACUUUGAAUGAACAUAUUUACAUCCACCUCUCUCUUCAUGUCGACUUUUCUGGAAACAUUCACACGGAUGCCAUGGUUACUCCUACCACGAUCUUACAGGUGAACAAGGUGAUGUCCAUCUUGUUUUAUGUGAUAUUUCUCGCUUAUCUUCGUGGCAUCCAGUCUACCAACAUGGAUCAAAGGAGUUUGCCAGAAGAUUCAAUAAAUUCUCUUAUUAUUAAACUCAUUCAGGCAGACAUUUUGAAAAACAAGCUUUCUAAACAGAUGGUAGAUAUUAAGGAAAAUUAUCAAAACACAGUGCAGAAAGCAGACACUCAGCAAGACAUGGAGGGAGAUGAAAAUGUGAAAUCAGACUUCCAGCCAGUUAUGUCAAUGGAUACAGACCUCUUAAGGCAGCAGAGACGCUACAAUUCUCCCCGAGUCCUCUUGAGUGACAACACGCCCCUGGAACCACCGCCGCUGUACCUCACGGAGGAUUAUAUUGGAAAUUCAGUGGUGGUGAACAGAACCUCCCGGCGGAAAAGGUUUGCAGAGCACAGGAGCCACCGAGGGGAAUAUUCCGUUUGUGACAGUGAAAGUUUAUGGGUCACGGACAAAUCAUCUGCGAUCGACAUUAGAGGACACCAGGUAACUGUGCUGGGAGAAAUUAAAACAGGCAACUCUCCAGUUAAGCAAUACUUUUACGAAACACGGUGUAAAGAAGCCAAGCCUGUAAAAAAUGGUUGUCGUGGCAUCGAUGACAAGCACUGGAACUCCCAAUGCAAGACAUCCCAAACUUAUGUUAGAGCACUGACUUCAGAAAACAAUAAACUGGUAGGCUGGAGAUGGAUAAGAAUAGACACCUCCUGUGUGUGUGCGUUGUCAAGGAAAAUAGGAAGAACAUAAAUCUACAUCUCUUUGCUAUAUAAAUUAUUACUUUAAAUUAUAUGAUAUGCAUGUAGCAUAUAAAUGUUUAUAUUGUUUUAUAUAUUAUAAGUUGACCUUAUUUAUUAAACUUCAGCAAAUCUACAGUAUAUAAGCUUUCUCUCUCAAUAAACAAGAGCAAAGGGUGUGUGCCUCUGCUGUGGGCAACUCCAGGUUUUUUUAGACUAUGUUUGUGACACUGCUUGUCGGCAGCAUACCGUAACCU